CGCGGCGGCAGAAAGAGGACGCAGCUGUCACGCGCUGAGCGACCGCCGCGAGGAGGACCUUCGGCAUGAAGAACUGAGCCGGGAACCCAUUUCUUUCGAAAGCUACUUGUGUUCCAGAAAAAAACAGACAACUCGUCGUCAGUUGUCCAAGUUGGGUAAAGUUGUGCUCCGCCGGUUGGACGGGAGCACGCGGACGCUGUGUGUUGGGAGUAAUCGUUCACGAGUUGCUGGGAGACGGUCGCCAAGCGCCGAGACCGAGGACGGACGGACGACCCUCAAUAAGUUUUUUUGUUUUUAAUAGUUGAGGCGUUUGCUUGAGUAUACGGUCAUCUCAUAAAGUACUUCUCCCGAAGCAGAAGAGGACACGGAUUUAACCAGCAUGGUCACCACAAAGGGAGCAGGCCUGAACCCCAAUGCCAAAGUGUGGCAGGAAAUUCCUGCUCAACAGAAUGACAUCCCAGAGGGAACAGUGGAUUCUCCGUGGUUGCAGACCUAUCCCUCUUCUCCUGAGAUGACUGAAGGUUACACAGACCUUUCCCCAUCAGGAGGGAAAGGAUUUGACACGGAGUAUCUGGAUAGCACACUGGAUUGCACGCCUGUAACUACAGGAAUCGUGAAUGGCAUUGAACAGCCUGACUUGGGCUAUUUGGUCUAUGACUCUCAAUGUGAAUCCAGCAUGGAUGAUGUGGCGAAGGAACAAACCGUGUCUGAAGAAACUUUGAGAGAGUCAUUAAAGAAACAACUGGAGUUCUGCUUUUCAAGAGAGAACCUAUCAAAGGACCUCUACCUGAUAUCUCAGAUGGAUAGUGAUCAGUUUGUUCCCAUCUGGACCGUUGCCUGCAUGGAGGACAUCAAAGCUCUCACUACAGAUAUGGAUCUCAUUCUGGAUGUAAUGCGAGCCUCUCCAGUGUUUCAAGUUGAUGAAGCUGGUGAGAAAGUUCGGCCAAACCACAGUCGCUGCAUCAUUAUUCUCAGAGAAGUGCCUGAGACUACGCCGGUUGAGGAGGUAGAAGCUCUUUUCAAGAGUGACAACUGUCCCAAGGUUUUAAGUGCUGAAUUUGCUCACAACAGCAACUGGUACAUUACGUUUCAGUCGGAUAUGGAUGCACUACAGGCUUACCGGUACCUGAGAGAGGAAGUUAAGGUGUUCCAGGGGAAACCAAUCAUGGCCCGCAUUAAGGCAAUCAACACUUUCUUUGGAAAGAAUGGCUUCCGCAGCGUGGACUCGGGCGUGUACAGUCAGCAUAGCCAACCGCAGUCCCAGUAUGGCUCUCCAGUCUACAUGCAGCAGGUGUACAGUCCACAGCAGCAGUACCCCGUUUACCCAGUUGUGUCGCCCACCUGGAACCCUUCUGUCGUCCCUUACUUUGAAACGCCACUGGCACCUUUCCCCAACAGCGGAUUCAUGAAUGGCUUUAACAGUCCUGGAAACUACAAAGCAAACUCCAGCUCAGUCGAUAUCCAUCAUCCUGCCAGCAGGAACCGAAGCCUUAUGAAGGGUUCCCCCCGGUCUGGAACUGCGGUUUCUUCUUCACCUCCAAGUGUCCUGAUGAACGGCACGUCUGGCCCCAUGAGUCCACAGACCAUCCAGGCACGAGCAACGACGGGAUCCACACCACAGCCACUGUGUCUGGCCUCCUUCGGCCUGAAAGACCCCCCUCCACUGAUGGUCCUACCCAGUGGAGAUUUGAGCGCUGCUGGGCGGGGCAGGAGAGGCAGCCAUCGAGGAAUGAGGAGGAGAAGAGAAGAUGAGCGUAUGACGAAACCUGCUGUAAUGGAAGAAAAGGAACCAACGCCAAAGUUUGAUCUGGCAGCAUCCAAUUUCCCUCCUCUGCCCGGCUCCGUUGUCAGCACGCCGGGUGAGACCACCCUGGAGGUGCGUCUCUCUGAUGUUGUGCGAGGCUUAAAAGUGACGACCAAGCCCGUGAGCCAAGAAGUUAACAGAAACAUCUCAGUCAGUCCUGUAAACACACCUGAUUCUGUCUCCCCACCUGCUACUGCGGCUCCACAAACAGCAGCUCCACCAGUAUCAAGUGCGCCAGCAAUAACAAAGGCGGAGGAGAAAACAGAACCUCCCUCUGUGCUGGCAGUCUCCAAGCCAGUAGAAGUUUCAACAGCUCCGGAACUGCCCUCCACUGAAUGCAGCCAGGCCGUCGCUACAGAAGUAACUUCACCCUCGUCCCUGACUCCAACAACAGAAUCGGGGCCAAGAAAGCUCAGCUAUGCAGAGGUGUGCCAGAGGAUGGCAAAAGACCCACUGCCAGCACAAGCCCCUCCCUCCUCCUCCUCCUCCUCCUCUCCCACUCCCUCAGCCAGCCAACCCCUGCAAGAACUCAAGGUCAACCGGGUCGACGACCCUCAACCCAACUCCAGAAAAAGUCUGGAGAAGCCCGGGGACAAACGCCCCCCUCGGCAGCCGCUGCGCCCCUUCAAAGGGGCCGCCGGCCAGGCCAGAGCCGCCGGAGCCGGGAACAAAAUUCGGGAGCAUCAGAGAGGACUGAACACAGGCAAACGCUUUUCCCCACAGCGGGGAGCCCGACGCACUGGCAAGGAACAAAACAUUCCCCCAAGCUCACCAAAUAACUAAAAACACAAACACAUGAAGUGAAAGACAACUGUGAACUGUACAUUGUAAAUAUAUAAGAUAUGUGAAUAAGAGAUGAAUUUAUUUCCUUUGGCUAACUUUGUCAAAGAAUCUUGUUGCAGACCUGAAAUUAUUCAGAAAGACUGUAUAUAGGUGAUAAUUAAAAAGAAAAUGCAUAUAGUCUGGAAGUUAACAGGCUUUAUAGUGAAAAUAUAUUUUCCCUAAAGACAUGUCACAAUGACUUGCUCAUGUAGUGACACCCCCCCCCCCCCCCCCUUCACAACGCGCUUAAUAUCAAUGGUUUAUACACGAGUGUUUGAGAGAAAGAAGGGAAAAGGAAGUCGUGCAUCUCUAUAUCUAAUCAAACUAGUAAACAUGCAAAACGGCGAGUUACAUUUGAUUUCUUUAGAAAGCUUGUUUGCAUGUGACCCUUCCUGGGUUUGUUUUUUUUUUUUUUUGUAGUUUAUGAAAAUCAAGUAUAUGAAUUUAUUUAUAACGUGAAAAAUGUUGACUUCAUUGCAGAGUAAUGAGUGGUUGCUAGUGGUGGUUUAUAAAGAGGAUAUUUUUGACUAUUUCUUUUGUGAUUUUGAGACUCUUCUACAGAUGAUACUGCUGAAGUGUUUUUGUUUUUUGACAUUUGCCAAUACUUAUUUGGUAUUAGUUGUGUUGGGCUGUAGCUGUCUUUAGUUUAAGUCUGGAUCAGCACUGCUAAUAUUUAAACAGGCACUGUAAUUAAACUGUAGCCCAUGUGCUUAUGUGUCUUGUGUGAUACUGAAUGACUGACGAUAGACAAAUAACCAGAUAAGGAUUAUCUUAUGUUUGUCUGGUGUUUAACUUACUAAAACUCGGUUUUUAGUGUGGACUUUGUCCAAGUGAUCCAGUUAACCAUUUCACAGCAGCCUCCGGUGCACAGCUCACCUGCUUAGCCUAGAUUAGCUUCAGGGACUUUAUUACCAGGCAAGGUGACCUAAGAGUCAUAGUCGUCUCGCUUCAGUGUUUAAAUGUUGACGAGCAGUGCGGUUUCACUGGCAAUCUAAUCCUGCACAUGUACUGCUAGUGGAUGCUCUGAAGAACAUGAGUUUUUGUUUUUGUUAUUCCCCCAGCAAAUGGGCCAACACUUGUGAAGACUAGUGUUUUGUUUAACUUGGUGACAUUGGUUGCUAAAAUUUAUUUUGGUGGGAAGAAAAACUUCAGAUGAAUGUAGUAUAUUGAUCUCAACCCACAUUUUAGCUUAGUUUUUUUUUUUAAAUUUUAUUUUGUGUAUAUAUACUGUUCUUUGUGUAUAUACUGAUUUAGUUUGGAAUCGUUUUUGACAUUGUGGAUUGUGUAGAGCAGCGCAACCAUUUUCAUUUUCUGCAUCAAUUAUUUUCUUUGCAUCAGUGUUUGUGAUAUUUCUUCAAAUGCUCAAAUGAUUUCAGACAUUCUUUUUUCUUACAAAAAAAUGUGGAUAUGGAUCUGUACUGUUCUCCCUCUAGAGUGAGAACAACACUUUGUUGGUGUGAAUUGAAAUGCACUAUCCUUAAAAUAUCAAGGCUUUCAAUUUUUGUAAAGUUUUUUUUCUCCCUCAACCAAGUUGUUAAAGAUGUUGCAUAUGAUGAUUAGCUAAAUGUAACGAUGAAUGAGCAGAUGUUCCUUAGUUGGUUAUUCUUUGUGUUUCCAGUCCUGUGCUUGUGCCCAUUUACUGCACUGUACAGUAUUUUCCGUUCUGUCAUCACUAGUUCAGUUUUUAGUGUAAACUGUAUGAAGGAGUAUGAUUCUGCUCGGACUGCAUGGAAUUACUGUCUCAGCCCAGGAAUCCAGUGCCUUAACAGUGUUCAGUUUCAGAAUUGAAAAGAAAAAAAAAUGUCCAGGAGUACAUAAA